AUCCCAUCAGGGGAGAGAGAGAGAGAGAGAAAAAAGCUCCAACUUCUCUCUCUCUCUCUCUAUUCAUCAACCAUACACAUCCUAGUUUCCUCUCUCCCUAUAUAUUUCUUUGUUCUCUCCCACUUUCUUUCAACACUCACUUAAGUAACUCUUUUGCUCUUUCUUUCUCUCUUUUUUUUUUUUUUAAUUUGCUCAUCAUAUUUUUGGGCAUUUGAGUUUAAAAGAGUGAGUGAUUAUUCUUCUUAACAUACAACAUACAAACACAAGUUAGAGCAAGAUCAAGGGCUUUCUUCAUCAUCAUCUUCUUCUUCUUCUUCUUCCAUCGAUCUAGAAAUAAUAGAUAUGUCUGACCCUCAAAACGACACCGUUCUUGCCUACCCUUUUCAUGUUGACUCUCACAAUAAUAACAAUAAUAAUCUCCACCAACUUCCUCUCCUUACUGUUACUCUCAAGUUUGAAGAAGUUGUUUACAAAGUGAAGUUAGAAGGGAAAAGUGGCAGCUGCUGGGGCGGCGGUGGUUCAUGGGGAGCCACCAGAGAGAAAACCAUUCUCAACGGCCUAAGCGGCGUCGUAUUCCCUGGCGAAAUCCUCGCCAUGCUCGGCCCUUCCGGCAGUGGAAAAACCACACUUUUAACUGCCCUCGGCGGCCGUCUCUCCGGUAAACUCUCCGGAAAAAUCACCUACAACGGCCAACCAUUUUCCGGCGCCACCAAGCGCCGUACCGGCUUCGUUGCGCAAGAUGACGUUUUAUAUCCUCAUUUAACCGUCGCCGAAACCCUACUGUUCACCGCCCUCCUCCGUCUCCCUUCUUCCCUAACCGCCGACGAAAAAGCCGAAGCGGUCGAGCGAGUUAUUUCCGAGUUGGGGCUAACUCGCUGCCGCAACAGCAUGAUCGGCGGCCCACUUUUCCGAGGAAUCUCCGGCGGAGAGAAAAAAAGAGUGAGCAUCGGUCAAGAGAUGCUGAUCAACCCAAGCUUGCUUUUACUCGACGAACCCACCUCCGGUUUAGACUCCACCACCGCUAUGAAAAUCCUCACCACCGUAAAACGCCUCGCCGCCGGUGGCCGGACCGUCGUGACGACAAUUCAUCAGCCGUCAAGCCGCCUGUACCACAUGUUUGAUAAGGUGGUUUUGUUGUCGGAAGGAAGCCCAAUUUAUUACGGCUCAGCUUCAACCGCCAUGGAUUAUUUCUCCUCCAUUGGAUUCUCAACCUCCAUUACCAUCAAUCCAGCUGAUCUUCUUCUUGAUCUUGCAAAUGGUAUUAGGCCCUGAUUCAAAGUAGCAAAUGACGGAGGAGAGAAUAUGGAACAAGAGCAAAAGGGUGUGAAGGGCCUAAUUUCAGCUUAUGAUAAGAACAUUUCCUCCACAUUGAAGGCUGAGCUUUGUAGUUUGGAUGCAAAUAACUUCAAUAACUAUGCAAAAGAUGCCUCAAAAGAAAGAAGAUCAAGAGAAGAGUGGUGCACAAGCUGGUGGUAUCAAUUCAGAGUGCUAUUGCAGAGAGGGCUAAAGGAAAGAAGGUAUGAUGCGUUCAAUAGGCUAAGGAUUUUUCAAGUAAUCAGUGUGGCCACUCUUGGUGGACUUCUUUGGUGGCACACUCCAACAUCUCACGUUGAGGAUCGUAUAGCGUUGUUGUUCUUCUUCUCUGUCUUUUGGGGCUUCUACCCACUUUACAACGCAGUGUUCACCUUCCCGCAAGAACGCACAAUGCUAAUCAAAGAGCGCUCGUCUGGCAUGUAUCGUCUUUCGUCUUAUUUCCUCGCCCGCACAGUCGGUGACUUACCUUUAGAACUCGCACUUCCCACGGCCUUCGUUUUCAUUAUCUACUUCAUGGGUGGUCUCAACCCCCACCCUCCCACCUUCCUUCUCUCCCUCCUCGUCGUUCUUUACAGUGUUCUUGUCUCACAGAGUCUUGGCUUAGCCUUCGGUGCCAUUCUCAUGGACGUCAAGCAAGCCACCACUCUUGCUUCCGUCACCACCCUGGUCUUCCUCAUUGCAGGUGGCUACUAUAUUCAACAAAUCCCUCCAUUCAUUGUGUGGCUCAAGUAUCUCAGCUAUAGCUACUAUUGCUACAAGCUUUUGUUGGGCGUGCAGUACAAGAACGACGACGUUUAUGAGUGUGGGAAAGGAGAGUUUUGUCGGGUGGUGGAUUUUCCGGCUGUUAAAUCGGUGGGCUUGGAUGGGCUUUGGGUUGAUGUUUGUAUAAUGGCACUCAUGUUGGUGGGCUACCGGCUGAUUGCAUACUUAGCUCUUCAUAGGGUGAGAUUGAGAUGAGCAAUUAAGAGCGGGUCUUUUUCUUUUUUGGAUAUGGUUUUAUGUUUUGUUAUUUGUUCUUGUUAUGGUGUUGUGGGAUGCUUUCAUCUUCUUACACCUCCAAAAAAACUGCUUCGACGUCUUUGCCUUUCUACCGCACGGUGGACACCUUGGAACAAAGUCUAAUCCCCUACCCACAAGAUUUCUCCUACUAAAAAUUAUAUAUUCUCCA